UCGUUGGCGCCGCCCAGUAUUGAUCUCUCCGUGUCACGAACCCAAGAACGCCUUCCUAAAAGAAGUCAGAAGGCCUUACAGUCGGCCAUGAAGCUGUACGCGACGCUGGUGGUGCCGCUGUGCAUCGCGGUGACAUGGCACAUUGCUACUGCCAGGGAGCUGCUUUGGAGCUCAGGUAUUCCCUCGGGCACCGUCCUUACCCAUGUUCAGUCUGCUGAGGUCCAGACGAAAUCCCGCCUCUUCUGCGCUGGGUACGCCACUUCCUUGACCUGGGCUGACCUCUUUUGCUAUGAGGAAGGCCAUUGCCGCGUCUACGAUUUCAAGUUGAAUGCGCAAUCAACUUCGCCCUUUUACAUCCUACUGGACUAUAGAAGGUUGGUGCAGCGUUCCCUUCACGGAUGUGACUGAUGUAGGAUGCGUGUAUUUCCAUCCCGUAAAAAUGCCCUGGAAUGACGCCCGGACCUUCUGCCAGGACAUGGGGACCGACCUUCUGGUGCCAAGCGAUUACAAUGUAUUUCUUAAUUGGGGGUUGAACGAAGGGCUUACCAUUAAAGAACCGUGGUUAGGAGCAAGUGGCACAACAUGGCUGGACGGAAGCGCCGUGCAGAGGGCGGGUCUGAUGGCAGACCAGUGUCUCAGGUUACAUGGAGGCCCGAAUGUUGGCGACAGUUACUGUACUAGUACCUAUCCGUUCAUUUGCGAACUGACGCUUCCCUAGGAACUUCGGAUUCAACGAUAUACAAAAAUGAAGGACAGUUUUGGUGGAAGUUGGAGGCCGAAGAUGUUUAGGAGUCUGAAGAGUGAAGGAAGUGGUUAACAUGACUAGUUAUCCCAUCUGCCAUGAGUAC